CUACAAAGGUAUCCUCUUGUUUGGCAAGGAGUGUUAAUGCUAAAAAAUGAUACAGUCGUAGUCCAAAUGUAUUUACUGUGCGGAAGCAAGGCUAUAGCUACCGAAUCUCUUUCGGUACAUUGCAAAGAUGGGAAAAUUUCUCCUUUAAAGAUUGCUCAAAGAAUGAAACUUGAAGCUAGCCAAUUAGAAAAUGUAUCUAAGAGGAUGCAGAAUGAUAAGGAGUUUUGCCUACUGUUGGCUUUGCCAUGUGGACGUGAUUUUACUGAAAUGCAAAAGCAAACUCAUGCACUCCAAGCAAGUUUCGUAUCUUACUUACAGCAGAAAGAGGCUGCAGGGAUUAUCAAUAUUACUUUACCAGGAUCGGAAAAGAUUGGAUAUGUUUUGCACAUAUUCCCACCCUGUGAUUUUUCAAACUGUCAUCUGAUGAAGAAUGCACCUGAUUUG